AUGGUUCUGAUUGUCUUCCUUUUUGUUACUGGUGAAGAAAUGAAAGAGGCUGAAUACAAGCUUGGAGCAACCAUUGUUGAAGGUGGACUCAGCGGUUUUCAAUCGAAUCGGGUUUCAUCACGUUUAAUAAACCGCCCUCGUCAGCUAAAUGUCAUCUCUUCUGAAGUGGUCCUCAAGCUUGCAGAAUAUCUUGAAACCUGGGAGAAGGACGACAAAACGAAGCUUAUACUGAUCAAGGGUGCAGGGAGAGCUUUCUCAGCCGGUGGUGAUCUAAAGAUGUUUUAUGACGGCCGUGAUUUAAAGGAUUCUUGCCUUGAGGUUGUUUAUAGGAUGUACUGGCUCUGCUAUCAUAUCCACACUUACAAGAAGACUCAGGUUUCUCUUGUAAAUGGAAUAUCAAUGGGUGGAGGUGCAUCAUUGAUGGUCCCAAUGAAGUUCUCUGUUGUGACUGAGAAAACUGUAUUUGCAACCCCAGAAGCAAGUAUUGGGUUUCACACUGAUUGUGGCUUCUCCUACAUCCAUUCACGUCUUCCUGGUCAUUUAGGAGAAUUCUUGGCUUUAACUGGGGCAAGAUUGAAUGGCAAAGAACUUGUAGCAAUUGGAAUGGCAACACAUUUUGUUCCUUCUGCUGUGAAUUUUUUUUUUUUUUUUUGGAAUGCUUUCCUUAGUUAUAAAUAUAUUCGCGCGUACGUUUUGCUGGAUGAAUUAUUUUUGUUAUGAGAGUAUUUAGUCUUCUAUGAUUAUGUAAUGUGACCUCUCUUGCUUGAUCUUUCUUGAGCUGCCUUCCUAUUCUUAGAUACAGCAUCUGCAACUCUUGUAAUGUUUUGAAACCGUACUAAGGAUUCGUAAUGAAUAACACCAUUGGACAUACUUAUUUGAUUAGAAUCCUUAACUAUUUUAAAAAAAAUAAUAAUAAUAUAAUCUAACAUAUACUAAAAGGGAUAUAUGAGGAGUAGUGAGUGUGUCCACGUCAGACAAUAAAAUCCACCAAUCAUAAUAUAGUUUUUUGCCACGUAAGCAGUGGUUGUCUAUGUUGGGCUUUCCGAUUUUUUUACGCUGUAUGGUUUCGGGUCUUUCAUGUGGGGCUUUAAUUAAAAAGAUAAACCCAACACUCUUUAUGUGAGGCCCACAAACAAGCAAGAAAAUAAUGAUACGAGUUCUUGGUUUCUCUGAGAUGAGAAACGUAACCCAUCAUUUCGUCUCCUCUCAACUCAUACGAUGGAGGCAAUCAAUACUUUCCACUAUCUCCUCUACAAUUAAGAUUUCUCACCUCCCCUCUAAACUGAAGCGACUAUAUAUAUGUCGAGAAGGUAGUCCAUACGAUUCGAAAGGCUUCUUGAAAUCAUUAUCAUAAACCCUAGAAACAGAGCUACCACCGAUGGCGAUUAACCAGCUCCACUUUUCUGAUUUGAAGGACGAAUGUUGUAAGAAAACAAUUGUUGCACAGAUUCUGCGAUUUUGGGAUGCGAGGGAUUUGAAGAAAGUCGGUGAGCAUCUCGGGCUGGACCUGGUUUUUCUUGACAAGAAGGUAUCGACUUUUUAGCUUCCUUCUUUAUUUAGUUUUAGAUAGCUUUGGUUGUGGAGAUGAUGGAGCCGACUGUUCUUAUUCUAAGAAAAUAUUCCAGGUUUCAGAAAAUGAACAGCUUAUGGCUUUGGCUAAUAUAAACGUGGAUUUUCCGGGUAUGUUUGGCAACUCAUGCUUUUCCCGUUCUCUAACAAUGAUUGGUUGCAACUACUUCCUUCCUUAUUAACAGUUUGUUACAAAUAUUCUCUUGCAGACGUUUUUGGUGAUGUUUGUGGCAUCAAGACCACCUUGACAAUGAGAAUCAGGCCAUUCAAUGUGUUAUUAUGGUAUGUAAGCUGAAUAGCUGAUGUGUAUUGUUUCAAAGUUAAUCGUUGAUGUUCCAUUUGGGUUGGUUAAAGUCGUUGCUGUCAUGAUAAAUCUAAACGCCCUUCUGUAUGUGUUUGUGUGUUUGGCAUGAUUGUAUAUCAGCUUCAUCAGAAAUUAGAGGUAUCGGGUUUGGAGCCUAAAGUCAUUGUUGCCACGAACAUAAACCCAAAAAUCAAAAUAAGUUGAAGGAAAGCGUACUAAAUUUUCUCAUGUGUCAUUUCAUUUGCAGGCCGGCUUCUCCUUAAUGCUACCCCGGGAACAACUUCUUUUGACAAUGAAUGCCUUGACAGCCAGAGUGUUCUUGCAGCGUAAGACUUACCAGACUGUAACUGUUGUCUAAGAAAUAAUGGGGACGUUGUUCUCAAACAUGAGGGGAGUUUUUAUUUAGUAGGUUAUACGGAUCUGAUGAUGGUAGCAGCUCCACAGCUUCCAAGUAUGGAAGUGUGAAGAAAAUUGAACGAGUAACUCUUGCUGAGCUGAACAACUACGUUCUUAACUCUCCACCACAGGUUGGUGAACUCCAUUCGUUUUUAGCUAUAUGCUAGCUCAUAAACAUGUUCCCCACAUGCUUAUAACUCUCCUCCUCCCGUGGUUCAUGUAGACUGCAAAGUUUCUUUGCACUGCCGAGGUUGGUGGCAUUGACACCACUAAUGGAUGGUGCUACUUCUCCUACUCUAAAUGCUACCAAAAACUGCAGCGUGGAUUCACGUCUUUCACAUGAGCAUGGUGCAUGAUGACACUGCAGUUUGUGCUGUGAGGUAUUUCUUGCCAGACUAUAUACGCAUGUUCAGCCAAUAAAUCACUUGCACAAUCCACUAUUUAGCCACCGUGUUCAGAUGGUGUUCACAGAUCGCAACAGACUCAGCCGUCUUCGUUUUUUGUAACGGUGAAAUAAGAAGAUGACCAAUGUUCUCAUCGCAGAGGUUGCUCAACUCAUGGUAUUGUCUGGACGCCCCUAAUAUCCUUCUCAGUGUAAGCACUCUACAUGUUCUUAUGUUAGCUUUUGUCAUUUUCAAAAAUUCCACAGAGCGCAAGUGAAUCUCUCCAACAGGCAUCACUCCCACGAUGUAUCCAAGAUAUCAUCGUGCAGAAUUUGACCUUCCAGCUUAAGCUCUCUGAAAUUCAUUUCUCCUCUACAGUGGUACGCAUUUUUUACACCAACCAUUGUCCACAUGUGCCUAAUUUUUUGGAGUAUGUUUGUAUUAAUCUAUGUGGAUUAAAUAUUUCUAUGUCCAAAAUAUGCCUAACAUUAAUCCAUGUGAAUUAGAACUGACUGAGAAGUGAUGACUACCCAGGUGACGACAUGCCUGGUGCUGACAGCCAAACUCUGAAGCCAACUCUUGUGCUGACCAAGAGUAUCUCAGAAAACAACACUUGAGUUAAUGAUAAGUCUGGUUGACCAUCACCACAACCUUCUCAGAGUGAUGCGGUCGUAAGCUCUGCUGAUGAAGCUUCUGCUUCCAAGAAAGCUCAACGUUUAAGACGCGUCGCACUUCAGUAUUCCAAUCAAAGAGGUUAAGCACUAGAGAGAGAGUUUGCAGGCACAUUAUCUAUCUAAAUUUUAAAGUUUGAGUUCAAUAAUAAAGUAAUACUUUUCUUUUUAACGAACCCGGCAUGAUCUGAUUAAUGUUCUUUAACGGUUGAGUUUUAAUUUCAAAACUUUAGUUUCAAUGGUAUCAGUUUAAGAUAUAUAAUUGGGAAAACUGUA